AUUAUAAAAAAAUCAGGUAUCACAAUGUAAACUUUUAAGAAGAAUUAUUAUUAGGUAUCAAAUUGUAAAAUGUAAAAUAUAUGAAAACUAAAUUCUAAUUUUUUUAACAAUCCAUUAAAUCCAAUUUAUGCAUCUAUCAAUCGAAUUGAAUUUGUACUUAAUAGUUUGAUUAGUUUGAUUUUUUAGUUGAUAAAUUAGAUUCCAUUAGUGAAUUUGAUUCAAAUUAUUGAGUCUAUUUAGCUAUAUUAAACUUUUUCUGGAGGGAAUCUGGAAACCUCUAGUCUCUCAGUUCGAUCCUGCGAGAGGGCAACCGUUCUUUGUUUCUUUUUUUCUGGGAAAAAAAAAUUGGCAGCAGCAAGCGAGGCAACUAUAAAAAAAAAUAUCAAGCAAAGCUGCAGCGGCAUCCUCCUGCCUUGCCCUCCAGAACCUUACAUCAGUGAAACCCGGUGGAUUCGAUGGAUUCCGAAAUGAUGGAGACGGAGUCUCCCAUCGCCACCGCCACCGCCACAGCCACAGCAGCGCCGGUUAAUCCUUCCGGCGACAUCCGAGAGCUCUUCGCAUUGGCCCGACAGCUCAUCAAUCAAGGCAAACCUUCCCAGGCCCUUCAAGUGGUGAUGGCAGCUGCCCGAAACCAAGGUGGAGACCAAGCAAUGUUCCAGUCACUGAGUCGUGCUCGUGAUCUCUACAGAACCAGGCUACAAGAGAGCAGCAACUCCAUUGAUCAGCUGGCUACUCUGUUUGCCGAGUGUGCAAUUGCAGGAACCGAGUCUUCCCAAUCCGCCAAUGACCAUCCGAUGCAGCACAACCGAUGUAGCGAAUCCGGUGGCAUUGGACAGGAUGUCCAUGAGAACUCCAUACUUGCAGAAACCGGAAGAAAUCAGAUAGUCCUGGAUGCAUUUGCUGAUGGGAGCAGCUUCAUCUGCUUACAAUGUGGUGGUCUUGUUAGUGUGAAUCGCAGAGACGAGCACUUAACCUACUGGUGUGGCAACUGAUGAUAUAUACGAUCUCUGGCUUUUUCCUACUUCCCAGGAAUGAACGUUUACAAAGGGGCAAAGCUACAAUGACCUCUCUUCCUCUAUUACUGAAUCUGAUGUGCAUUACAUUGGUAUGUUGACUGCCUCCGCUUGAGAUUUCGGAGGCCCCUGAGCUGCCUUAAGAAUGGAGUGUAUAGAAUAGCAGGAAUGUGUCAACUUGUAUGCUAGUUGCAGCCCUUCUUGAGCAGCUGCUGGAACGCAGAAUUUGGGCUUGGAGUCCGUGUGUUUGUGUAUACCAUAGGCUACCUUCCAGGUACUUAAGAGUGCUUCAAAUUUUGCCAGUUCCUUUGGUUCUCUCUUUCCACUGAAGAUCCCUUCCCUAGAUUUCUGUACAAAUAAGGAUUUGAAGAGAUUUGUAGAGGUCCUGAAUUCCUCAUAAUAAUCUAUCGAAAAUAAU